UGCCGCAUGGUGUCGCUCAAAUAUGUUUCAGAGUGUAUUUUUUUCGUACAAUUUGACAUGCAUGGAUAAUGUAUGCCAUACGAUUUUGAUUUGCUAUAUUAUUAUUGUCCUACUAAUAAACCUAAUGAUAGUAAUAUGGAUAAAUUCAAACUUGAAUAUGAACGAUUUUUUGAUCAAUUCAAAGAUAAAACAUCAAUUGUUACGAAUACUAUUGAUCUUACCCGCUGUGAUGAUGAUGACGACGACGAUUAUGAACCGAUUAUGAAACAGCAAUAUAAUUCAAACGAUAAACUACCUCAACAAAAUCAUGAAAUAUUCAGCUUUUCAUUCGAAGAAUUUCUGAAAUUUUUUGAAAAAUUUAAAUUUGCUCAUUUGAUAGCAUGGAUGAUACACAAACAGGAUACGAAAUUCAUACGAGAAUGUUUUGAUGAAACAAGCGAAUUCAUAGUGAACAAAAUGUUGUCAAAAAAUUCACUAGAAUCGCGUAUAUUUGCGUUCUACGUUCUAUAUGCAUUGUGGGCAAUGUUUUGUAGGAUUCAUCCUUGCAUACCAUUUCGAAUUCGAUUAAAUCAACAAAUGUCAUUUUCUAUACAAGGUUUAGUUGCCGAUUCAUUGAAACUGAAUCAAUUUGAUAUAUCGAUCGCCUACCGAAAAAUGGUCACUAAUGGAGCAUUUGCUUAUUGUCAAUCGAUUACAUUAUUAGGACCAUAUUAUAAGGACUAUAUUUAUAAAUCACCCAAGUUGGAUCUCAAUGAAAUGAAUCCGUCCAAUUUUUAUAAAGAAAUUGAAUCAAACAUGGAAUACUACGAAUCUUUAUUGAAUGGAUUUAACAAUAUAGAUUAUUCAUCUAUGAAACAAUGUUUUGCUGAUAUUAAUAAAAAGUAAUUGUUCAAUUAUUUUAAUGAUGAAAUGAAAAAUUCGUCUAAUAAUUUCAAAUGAAGGCAACGAAUUUGUUUUUCCAAAUCGUAAACAAGACGGUGUU